GUCUCCCAGCACCCCGGCCUCGCAGGUAGAGACGCCCCCUCCCGCGGUUCGCGCGGCUGCGAAGGAGGGGCUGGGCUCCGAGCGCCCGCCCCUCCAUCUAUCACAUGGCCGGAGAGUCACAAAAACAACAGCUUUGGCCAAGACCGUGACUUCAGGAAGGGAACCCAGGGCCCUCACCGCCAGCCCCCUCCCCAUGGAGGACAGUUUUCUGGAAUCGUUUGGGAGGCUGAGCCUCCACCAGCGGCAGCAGCAGCAGCCGCCUCCUCGGCCGCCGCCCGCGCGGGGGCCACCUCCGCGUCGCCACAGCUUUAGGAAACACCUCUACCUCCUGCGCGGCCUCCCGGGCUCGGGGAAAACCACGCUGGCCAGAGAAAUGCAGCGGGACUUCCCCAGGGCCGUGAUUUUCAGCACCGACGAUUUUUUCUUCAGGGAAGAUGGUGCCUAUGAGUUCAACCCGGACUUCCUGGAGGAAGCUCAUGAGUGGAACCAGAAGCGAGCAAGGAAAGCAAUGCAGAAUGGCAUAUCCCCCAUUAUUAUUGAUAACACCAACCUGCACGCCUGGGAAAUGAAGCCCUAUGCAGUCAUGGCACUUGAGAAUAACUAUGAAGUUAUAUUCCGAGAACCCGACACUCGCUGGAAAUUCAACGUUCAAGAGUUAGCCAGAAGAAACAUCCAUGGAGUCCCAAGAGAAAAAAUCCACCGAAUGAAAGAACGGUAUGAACAUGAUGUUACCUUUCACAGUGUCCUCCAUGCAGAAAAGCCAAGCAGAGCGAACAGAAACCAGGACAGGAACAGCGCGCCUCCCAGUGGCUCUGGGUACUGGAGCACCUACACAGAGCUCCCCAACCGGAGGGCUCACGGCGGCUUCUCCAAUGAGAGCUUCAGAAGGGGUGGCUGUCACCAUGGAUAUUAGCUGUCUGUGCACAGCCACUGCAGAAUUUUCCUAAAGAAGUUUCUACUUCAAUUUUUGGUAUUUAUUCUUUGUUCAGUUUUAGCCAGAGCUCUAAUUCCAAUGUAAAUAGCCAAGCCCAGAAAAUUUCUGAACAGAGGUCAUUAUAUUCAUUAUCUCCAACAAGCGAUGUCAGAGAGCGCCCAUGUGGCUUGGCGAUGGGGAUUCUGCUGAGGACCCAGAGGUCUUUCUCUAGAGAAGGAGCUGAUUUGAAACCGAGAUCCAAGAUUAUCACUUAGUUGCGGAGUCAUAAACAAAGCAUUCCUAGCACAUCUCUCUGGGCUACAGUACCACUGCCUUUGACAGAUUCAUCUCCAUAAAGCAGGAGCAUGAGGGGGGGCGGAGGCGGAGGCAGGAAGCAGCUCAGUGCCCUUGCUACUCUGACAGUCUGCAUCCAGAGACCAGAGCCAUCACUCUAAUGGCACUGAUUUUCUUUUAGACUUAAUGCACAGAAGGGGAUGUUGUCCUUCAGGGUACCAUUAGGGGACUUUUCCCCUUAAAGAUGUGUCACUGUUAAACACGCCUAUGAAUUCUCAGUACUUGGCCCCUAAGGAGAAUGAGUACCAUUACAGUCAGACCCUACUGCGCUCAGCAGCAUCAGCGGGACAGACCCUCCCUCCCCCUCCAGCUCGUAGUCGAACAAUGUAAAUAACCUGCUUUUGCAAAAACACCACUUUUAAAGAGUCAUCAAGUGAUUUCCGAAAUGAUGCCUCUAACGUGUGAUUAGUUAGCCACCCGGAUGUUUGGGAGUGCAAAGCAAUGAAGCAGCCAGGGUUUAGGUCAUACAAGGAGAUGUGAAAGUCACGGCAUUGAGAUCAGCAGGGUAUGUAUGUCAUGUGGAGUGCCCCUCAGAUCAGUUAUGAAUUUAUGAGUUCAAAUUAAAUCCCAGCAGGCUGGAAUCAGAUUCAUUUGGUACGAGAUUGUGACAAGACCACGUAGAAUGUAUGGUCUAUUUAUUUUUUGGCCAACAGCUUCUUUCUAAUGUUUUGUGAAAUAUUAUUUUAAGUGUCUUAUAUAAUGGUGCUUUUAUGGUUAUUAAAAUUGUAUAUGGUAUUGCAUUUAUAUUGGGUUUGCCACUGAACUUAUUUUUGGCUUAACAACAAAACAUUUACCAAAACCCAAGCACUUCAACCAUAAAAUAACCUUUGCAUAUAUCAUAAGCUUAUUCAUGAAUCAUCGUUAAUAACUAGGAGGAAUGAAGUCUGCACAUUAGAAGGCCUACUUACCAUCCCAUUAUCAACACUGCUGAAGUCCAUUCAACAUCUUCAUGACAACAAGCAACACACUUCCUUAACAUUUUCAAAACUGGUGUCUUACACAGAAAGCCCAGCUGGUGAGCACACUAGUAAAUUGGGAUGAAUCUGCCAGUCUGACUUUGCUAAAUUCUAACACCUAGCACAGCACACAGCAGUCCUACAGCAACUCACUUGGUUUUCCAAGCCGCCAGGCCCAGGUAGCUGUGGGAUUCACAGCCUGGAUGCUGCCUGCACAAUGACUUUGGUAUGGAAGGCUGCAUCAUCUAGGUUGGCAGAGGGGAGAAGUGUCAGAGAGCCCAAAUGGAAUAGCCUUCCCUUGGUUCCACGGGAGCACCCAAAGGGCCAGAAUCACAUUCCCUGAUAUGACUGGUUGGCUUUCAGAGCUUUGGUUUGCCUCAGCCGAAGCUGAUGACCACAGAGAGAGGCUUCAGGCUGCGGACCCAGUUUUCUCAGAGCUCUCGGUCUCCUGCCCAGCUAUGUCCCUGCUUCCUCCUACGAGGAGAUACCAAAAUACUUGGUUAGAAACAUAAACAACUGAUUAAAUGCCUCCAGGCUUAUCCCAGUUAGAAGCACUGUGUUCUUUUCUUUCUCCUAUGGCUUCUGACUUCUGGGCCCUUUGAACUUACAUCACUGUCUCCCCACUUCCAUUAUUUACAGAGCCAGCAGAGACCUCCGUGACCCGAAGGCUCUCAAAGAAUAAACACCACCAAAUGCUUUCGCCAUCUACCCCUGGUCACGCAGUAAACACUGUUGGCUUUAAUCACUGCCACUGUAAGAAGGAAAAUCUGCACACAUGCUUAAGCUUCAUACUUUGUUCAUGCAGCAUGGAUGUUUGUGGUCCAUGUAAAAGGUGCCUGUACUAUGUGGCCUGAGAGAAGAUGGGCAAAGUAGUAGCAUUUUUGAUAGAAUUCACAAGAAAAAAGGUUACAUUUCUGUCGGGCAGUGGUGGCAUAUGUCUUUAGUCUGAGCACUGGGGAGGGAGAGACAGGUGGAUCUCUGAGUUCGAGUUCUACGAUAGCCAGGGCUACACAGAGAAACCCUGUCUCAAAUGAAAGAACAAACAAAAAGGUUAAAUAGCAUCAUUCUCAUUCAUGUAAGACUCAUUUACUCUGCUCUAGGUUGGGGUUCCAGAAAAAUGAUUAGGACACAAAGACAAAAUUAUUUUAUGAACAAUCCUUAAAUCACUAAUAAGAGUGGAUGGAACACUUUAAGGCUGAAGUGCAGUGAGAGCAUUUGCCCGUAGAUGGCGCUGUGGUUGGGAAGGUGCGACACAGCAGGCAGCUGGAACUUGCUGUUAGUGAAGGAUGACCUGCACUCCCAGUAUUGCCUCUACCUCGUGCAGGGACGACAGGUGUGCACGAUUAUGUCUGGCUGGAUUUCUAGCUGGAAUAAUUUAAUGUGAGAGAGUAUAGAAAGGAGCGACUUUGAAGGUUCCAAUUGCUGUCAAUAAAUAACUGGCCAGAAGUAGACACGACUGUCGUGUGUUUAUCCGACAGAACCAAGCACGUGUGAAAGAACACUAUGUCAUAGGAGUUACCUACAAAAACCUUAAAAACAGAAACGAAACUAAAACAAAUUAUCUAGUAAAGUAACUGUGCUUAGAGACCUCAACUUUAAUGAGUCAAUGACACAAACAAAAAGCAAAGGUGUGUUUAUUCUGCAUGUAAAAUAUGCUUGUAGUGAUCAAAUCCAAGGACAAAGAUUUAAAGAUCUUUAAGUUAGUUACUAUCUGGCCAGCUUUAGACAUCUGAAUAGUUACAUAAAUACAGAACCAGGCGGAACAUCUGUACAGUAAACAAACCGUCAGCAAUGUGCUGUCAUUUGUGUCUUGUCUCACAAACGUGCAGCUUGGAACUGCACACACUUUACCAACUGCGAGGCUAAGACUCAACAGCUAAUUUUCCAUCGCUGUAGUCACCUCUGCAAUCCCUGAGAUAGACUCCUUCCUGCACCUGCGUCCUCCAUGCUGGUCUGGCCUCUGUGCUAGCUGGGGUCUUUUUGUCUUUGGGGUACAGGGGUCCUUGUGGAGUCACCAGGAAAUGCUUGUUCAUUUCCUUCUGAUGAGCCAGGUAAAAAGGCUGGGGUACUGAGCAAGGCAAGUUCUUCAUCAGCUACUGAAUCAUAUUCCAAAAGAGAAACGCCGCUGGCCUUCUGACAUGGUGUCCUCCGAGGGGAACCGGGCUCUUUCUUCUUAGCUGUUGCAUGUUUGGUGCCACACCUCCGUGGCGGCUGAAAAGCCUUCUGUGCAGCCGGAGAGACAAAGGUACAGAUGGGACUCACCGGGGGAGGUAAGGGCAGCCGACUCAGGAAAUCCAAGGCUCUUCUUUUUCUGCAGGUCUUUGGGUCAUCAAUUUCUCUCUCCCCGUAACAAGACUUUGAAGCCGGCUGGGCUGACUGAGCCAGGGGUGUAGACUUCUCUUUUGGUGUGCAAUGUGAUAAUGGACUUUGAUAAUUUUGCUCACUGUUAGGUGAAAACCUCUAACAAAACAUAAAAAAGGAGCCUAUCAUAAUAUAUACUUAUAUAUAAACAAAAUAAAAUUUAACCUUUUGUUAAAAAAAUACAGAGGCCACUUUCUUAUACAAUUGUUAAAGGAUAGAUGUCAAAAAAUUUCAUGCUGUUAUUCCCAUCCCAUAGGAAAUAAUUUUACACAAGAGAAUAUAAAAAUGACUAGAAAAGGAAAACAAAAUUAAAAACAAAUCACACAUCAUUUCUGCUUUAACUUUCCAAUAGUUACAAAGCUAAAAAGACAGAUUUUCAGAAUCAUUUUAAGUACAUACUCUAACUUCUACUUCUUCCUCCCUCUUUUCUGAAUAUUUCCUUAUUAGUGUGCGUACAUGUAAUGUGCAUGUGUGUGUGCACGCGUGAGCACUCACAUGCUCCAGCACACCUGUGAAGGUUCCCUACUCCACCAGGUGGGUCACACAGAUCAUCAGGCUCAGCCACAGCACCUUUAUCUGCUGAGCCACAGCUGACCCUGCCUGUUCUAACACCUUUCUUUUCUCCCGAGUCACUGGCAACUGUUCAACUUCUUUCUUUGCCAGUCUCUUUUUUUUUUUUAUUAAAAAUUUCCGCCUCCUCCCCGCCUCCCAUUUCCUUCCCCUUCCCCCCACUUCCCUCCCCCUCCCUCUCC